GGAAUCUAUCAGUCACGCACACUACAGCAACAGUCCACGAGCUCGACAUGCAGCAUGAUGGUGGGAGCAGCAGUAGCGGCCAGUGGUCCAGGACCAUCUACGGUGGCUUAUCGAGCAGCGUUAGUCCUGAGGCGAGGCUCUCAAACCCCUUGCAUUCCCCUCUCGGUUAACCAGCGAAAACACCAUGUCGACCUCCAAUCGUACAGUACUACAGUUCGUUCGAGUACAGGUGACAGAUACCAUCGAGGGCUUCGUACCGCAAACGACGGCAGGAUCCCAAUGGUUCACUCCUAUCAGUCUCACUCCGCCUUGUCAGUCCGGCUCGCUCACUCUGCUGCCGAGACUCAGACUCGAGCUCACUCAUCAAAAUUGGUUACACCGAACCAUCGAGAUUCAAAGAAGGAGCCUUUCGUUGACGGUCGGUCUGCAGAAGGUUCUGAUCGAAAGGGGCAAAACUCAAAGAGGAGAACUCCUAAAACAUGGCACCAUGACACAAGAAAGCCCUCAGUCGACUUCCCCUCCGGAGGUUCUAUCGCCGCUACGCCACUAAGCGAAGCGUCGCGCAAGGGGAAAUCAUGCAACACUCUCCCGAAGGCCCAUGCUCGCCGUCACGAGCAAGGGUCUCCGAAGCUCAGGAGACCUGGCUCGUCAACGGCUACCGGCCAGCCAUUGACUUUUGUCCCUUCCGACAACAUUAUUCCGAACAGUAUCGCAAUUCCAUCUAAAAAGAAAUCUGGUCCGGAGGCUGACAAGACCUUGCCGGUCCCGCUUUCGGCUUCUCCAGAACGAACCGCAUCUGGAGAACGUACUAAGGCCAAGCACCGCCGAAGAGCUUUGACCCUUGACCCUCUCAAGGCCGAGCUCAAUGAAGCCGAUCAAUCUGCGAGCAAGGCAGAUCAAAACGCUACCACUGGACAGAUCACAUACGCCGCCGAGAGGCCUUCGGAAGUAGCUCUCCGUAAAGUCACUGACGAUUCUGCGACCCCGACCCAAAUCGUCGAAGAUAGGCCCCAGUCCAAGCCGAUCUGGAAAAUGAAACAUCUGCUGGAAAAAGCCAAAACGUUUGACGAUUACAUUCAGGCAUUCCACAAGACCUGGAAUCCCGAAUUGGCGGCAGAAACGACACCAUACGUGUGGUCUCGCAUCUCUGUUUGCAUUCAAGGCUUCUGCGAGAGCCCAGCUGGUAAAAAGAUGAUAGCGGAACGAGCGGCCAAGCAAGACGAUCGAUAUUUCUUGUUACGUGAUAUGGCAGUGGAAACAGCAGGCAGAGACUUUUGGCAGGGACUCUUUGCUCUCUCAGCGACGCUCUUGGCCGCGCAACAUGCGGCACUCGUCGACGAUAUCUGGCUCCGGUAUAAGGAAAAGCUCUUUCAGGUUCAAGGCAAAAACGAGCAAGACCUCACUUCAUGGGAUAGGCAAAAAAGAUUGGCAGCUCGACCCGUUGCGGACGGCAUCGAUCCGAUGAACAGAAUAUACCUCGCUGCGAUAGCGGCACUCGAUAUCAGUGAUACGCAGGUUUUGAUAAAUGUGACUGGCCUGCGCGGUCGGCUACCAAUGGGGGCUAAGGUGAUUGAAACCAUUGACGAGGCAAUAAGGACAUAUCCGGAUCCGCAAGAGGUCAGACGAAGAUAUCUCGCUCUUAGGCUAGACGUCAAGCGGGCAGGGCUUCUGAUGCACGGCCACGCAGCCAUCGAAUAUAUCAAAGAUGUGACCCAUACGAAUCCUGAAGGCUUGGUGCAGCUUUACGACUGGAUACUGAAGCAAGCGACCGGACCCAAUCCACUUUUACGCGUUGUACCCUGGGAUGCGACUUCGGUAACGUUGCAUGCCUCUCAAAUAUCCACGGACUUUGCUCUAACACGAACAGCGUUCAGCUUUGUCACAUGCUUUCCUUCAGAUUGGGGAUUUUCCCAGUGUCGCGAAACUUUGGAGUCACGAUCUGCCUCUACUGGGGCUCACACCGCCGGCAAAAGAUUUCGGCAAUGUAGCGUUAAGACUCGCUACCUCUAUGCGGCAUCUCAAAAAUCAGAAUGGCGACACGCUCGAAUGUGAAAAGGCUAUGCAGACUAUGAAGGGUCUGCAUAGUUUUCUGCGGGUCGGGACUGGAGGAGAGGACGAUCCUAUCAAUGCCUC